AUGGCAUCCACCGAGGCAGCUGCGCCCGUUGGCGCUGAGAAGGACGUUGGCGCCGCGACCGGUGCUGCUCCCAACGGCGCUCAGGCCGUCCACCGUGUUGACUAUGGCGGCAACCCACUCUACCACUCGCAGUCAUACCAGGACCCCGAGGGCCGUCUCCCGGCAUUCGGCGGUGAAUUCCAGCCUGGCUUGUACAAGCCCAUUGCGCAUCGCAAGUUUGCCAACCCAGCGCCCCUGGGUCUCAGCGCUUUUGCCCUGACGACAUUUGUUCUAUCUCUCAUCAACCUUCAAACCCGCGGUAUAACGGAGCCCAACGUUGUCGCCUCUCUGGCCUUUGGGUAUGGUGGUCUCGUUCAGCUUCUUGCUGGCAUGUGGGAAAUGGCCGUUGGCAACACGUUUGGUGCGACCGCGUUGUCUUCAUACGGCGGCUUCUGGCUGUCAUAUUCCAUCCUGUUGAACCCUCAGUGGGACCUCCUUUCUGCGUACAGCGCGACUAAAGGCGGCGCCGACCGAACUGACGCUGCCCUUGGAUUCUACCUCACUGGCUGGUUCAUUUUCACGACAGUCAUGCUUUUGCUCACCCUUCGCUCGACUGUCAUGUUCUUUAGCCUCUUCUUCACCCUUGACCUGGCUUUCCUGUUCCUUGCUGUUGGCGCCUUUACAGCUGACAACGGCAAUGCCUCAACUGCCACGAACCUGAACAAGGCUGGCGGCGUUUUCGGCCUCCUCGCGGCUUUCCUCGCCUGGUACAACGCGUUUGCUGGUAUUGCUGAUUCUAGCAACUCAUUCUUUGUUGUCCCUGUCUUCCACUUCCCCUGGUCAGAGCAGGGCUACGAGUCGCGCAAGGCAAAGCCGGCAGGCCUGUCUGACUAA